AUGGCAUUUUUGGCAUUUAUUAUGUAUGAUAUUGUAUUACGAUUUGUACCUACAUAUGUUAAUUUUGCUUUACUGUGGUUGGCAUGUGCUGUAGAUAUUGUUACAUGUUUGCAUCCAGAAUGGCACACGAACAAUUCAAUAACGGAAGCACUAGUAGAUGCUGUGUCGUAUGAUUAUCCAACGGUUCCACACGGUUUGUAUUGUGUGUAUGAUAUCAAUGAACUCGAUGAUGAUGAUGAUGUGAAAAAUGAGGACAAGCCUUUUCCUGUUAUUGGAUUGCUUGACUUUUUUUUCUUUGAUCUUUCAUUGUUACUCGUUAUACCUUCGAAUGCUUCGAUUACGACAAGAGCAUGCAUAGCAUUGGGUUGUAUGAUCAGCGUACAUGCUGGCGAACUGUGUACCAAUUUCAUGCUCGAAUCAGGUUUUUCUAAUUGUUUACCAGCUCUGCCUUUUCCAAUAAUCCUUGUCACGGCAUACAGUAUUAUCGUCGAUUCCAUGAAUCAAUUUUUUCAAUAUUGUCUGUGAAGUUUCAUCGAGAUAAAAGAAAAUUCUUCAUCGUAACUGUUAGUACUUUAAAUUCAUGUUUGUUUUUGAUAUUCAUUGUUGAAAUAAAAACUACAUGAAAUUGUGAUUUAUCAUUUAUAUCAAGGUGAAAAAGUUGAAUUUUGAUUACCAAUGAUUACUCUUGACUGUUUUCAUUUUGCUCGCAUAAUAAAUUCGAGUUCUCUUAGGAAUAUAUAAGAUUUUCGUCGUUAAACAGAACGAUACCCGUGUUUUUGUAGAGGAUUAAUCAUAUGUAAAGUAAAAGUUUUAGUGAACAAGUAUGAUAGAAACUAGCGUUGCAUAUUCAAAGAGAAAAAUGAUUAUUGUGGUUCGACUAUAUAAAUUUAUGCACAAUUUUAUUCAAAUAUGAGUGAAAUAAAAUGUCUUUCGUUUUGUUAUGCUAGUCUAGCUCUUUUACUUAUUGGAGCUACAGAUGCUACGUAAUAAUAUUGCAUGCUUUUUCUUCAGAGUUGAAUGAUAAUGAUCCGUUUUUUUAGUGCAAUUCUACUUGUUUCAAGUAAUCACGAAGUAUGUACAUCUACUGAAUCAAAUCAAAGUAUUAUCGUUGAAAAUUUUCAAUCAAUCAACGAAAUAUUUGAAGAAAAUACUAAAUUUACUAUUGAUAUUGACUGUUUACACCAUUGAAAAAAUAUGUAACAAAAUAAAAAUUGAAGAUUGAAAUAAAAUUUAGUACACAAAUUUAUAGAAUAUAUCACAAAGUAUAAGACAAUAUGAUUUCUAGUUUAAUGAUUAAUAUUGAAAAAACACACAGAUAGAUUGAUCAGUUUAUAGUAGCAAAAGUCAUUAUAAUGGUUUUUCUUUCAUUUCAAUAUAUAUCUUCACAGCCAGCAUUGGAAUAUUGAAUUAUGGCAUCGAUGACGAUCGCGUAUGCAGUGACAGUAACCGUUGGAAACGAUAUAGCCGGCAUAUCAUUAUCAACAUAGUCAAGCAUAAAAGUAGUAAAUAGAUCACCAAUUUGUAGACAAACCAUGCAGCCGAAUGCUAUACAUGCUCUUGUCGUAAUCGACAAAUCGGUAGGUAUAACGAGUAAUAGUAAAAGAUCAAAAAUAAAAAAGUCAAACAAUCCAAUAGUUGGAAAACAUAUGAUCUCAUUUUCCAGAUGAUCGUCGUCGAGUUCAUUAAUAUCAUGCAUGCAGUAUAAGACGAUUGGAAAUGUUGAAUAAUCAAACGAUACAGCACCCAACAAUGUUUUCGUUCUUAGAUCACUCAUAUAUCGCCUUGGAUGCAAACACUGGACACUAUUUUGGUAAAAAAGAGAAAUACAAAAAUCAAGUUUAUAUGAAUAAGAAAGAAAGAACUGAUUCAUUCAAAAUCUAUCAAAAAUCAAAAGAUUAUAGUUUUUCCUGGAUCCUUCUCAAAGUCUUCAAAGCGAACAGAAAAUAUAUAAGAUACAUUUUACUUUAUUCAGAACUUUUCUGGCAAAAAAAGUAAGCAAUUCGAUGACAAUACCAAACAAUUCAAAUCAGCUGUCUUUUUUCUUUCAUUAAAGUUCUUUAAAAUUUCUCUAAUACUAAUUUAGAUGCCUGUUUUGGAAAGAUUAAAGCGUUUUUAAUCGUGUAUUCGCGCAAGAAACAUGAGCUUUGUAUUAUCUAUUCCAUGAGAAGAACUGAAAAGAAUAAAUAAAUGUCAGGAACUUCUUCGCAAUCUAGACCAAGAAAAUGAGUAAAAAUUAAUGAAAAGAAAUGUAAUGAAAUAAAAUAUAUACUUUGAUGUGCUGAGAAUUGACCAAAAAUUUUCCUGAAUCAACCGAUUAAUUUUGUUAUUAUAGUAUGUAAGAGUUAAAGUUUGUUUUGCACUGAUGAGAAUAUCAGAUCGCUCGCUGUUUUCAUUUUCAAUUUAUUCAAACUCUCAUAUUUUACCAGUUUCGAAUAGAUAAUAUAGUGAAAUAUUCCAUCUUUUCAAGCUCUCAGAGGAUUGAUGAGAAGGAUUUUCUAAACAUUCUUUUUCCUUGUACUUCUUCGAGAGUAGUAAAAAAAAUGAAAAACAUCACGUUCUUACUUAGAAACAAAGCAGGAACUUUUUUAUAAAUAUUACUGUUUUCUUUUUCUGUCUAUUCUUGACAGAUGCACACUAUAUUGAAUCAAUACAAAUUUCGUAUAGUGAUGAUAUUUCGAUACA